AGCUUUUUUGUUGUUGCGAUCUCCGUCCUCGCUGAAUUUCCCAUUCCCAAUUCACGUUGUUACGUUUUCCCCCACAGCCAGCUACUCACUACUGUCAGCUCUGCAGAGUUUUGUUGGAGGAUAGACUGACUGGAGUGCGGUGUAUCAUGGCCGCCUGACUGAGAUAAAUUUACCCACACUUUUUUUCCUCAAUUUUUUUGGGGAAACGCAUUUAUAUAUAUAAACGUUAAAGCUUCCCUUUGGUUUAAUAUAAUUACCAGAAACAGGAUUUAUCAUUCAUGUCAAAGCUUAAACAUGCAGCCACCACCGAGGAAGGUCAAAGUCACUCAAGAACUGAAGAACACUCAUGCUGAGCAGAUGGCUAAACUCAAUAUCAAACAUCAGACUGAGUGUGACCUACUGGAAGACAUGAGGACAUACAGUCAGAAGAAGUCGGCCAUAGAGAGAGACUAUGCACAGGCUUUGCAAAAGUUGGCCAGUCAUUACCUGAAGAGGGAAUGGCCAGGCAUGCAAAUGGAAGAACGGACCCAUUCUCAGAACGUCUAUGCCGUGUGGAGGUCGUACCUGGAGAGCACCGUGCAGCUGACCCAGGCGCGCAUGAACAACUGCGAGAACUACAAGAACAAGAUCGCGGACCCCGCCAAGUCUUCCAGGCUGUGCAAGGAGCAGCAGCUGAAGAAGUGCAUCGACCAGCUGAGCUGCGUUCAGGUGGAGCUGCAGCACACGGUCAAAGAGCUGACCAAGUCCCGGAAGAAGUACACCGAGGCGGAGCAGGUGGCCCAGGCCGUGAGGGAGAAGGCCGACCUCGAGGCCAGGUCUAAGCUGAGUCUGUUUCAGUCCAGGAUAAGCUUACAGAAAGCCAGUGUGAAGUUAAAAGCAAAGAGGAGCGACUGCAAUGCAAAAGCCACACAUGCCAGAAAUGAGUACCUUCUCACGCUGGCAGCCGCUAACGCGCACCACGACCGCUACCAUCAGACUGACCUGAUUGACUGCAUCAAGGUCCUGGACGGCAGCGUUUAUGAUCACUUUAAAGACUAUUUGACGACGUUCUGCCGAGCUGAGCUGGAAAUGUACCAGGCCAUCCAAAGCAUGUUCCAGGCCGUCCUGGAGAAGUCCAGCAGGGUGACACAAGACUUCAACCAGCAGGUGUUUCUGCGGGAGAACCCGGUGUUCUGCAGUCCCCCGGCCUUCCAGUUCCAGCCCUGCGAGAGUGACGCGGGCCGGCAGCUGCAGACUGAGACGGGGACCGCGGAGGAGCACAGCCUGAACAAGGAGGCCCGUAAGUGGGCCUCGCGCGUGGCCCGCGAGCACAAGAACAUCAUCCACAGCCGCAGGACUCUGGAGGAGUGUGAAAUGCAGGGGGUCCACCCUUCAGAACACAACCAGGGUGACUUGGAGCAGAGGGUGGAGGAGGCAAGGAAAGCCAUCCGAAAGGCUGAGACUGUGAAGGUGAAGGCGGAGGCGCGGCUCAAUCUGCUGCGAGACGCGGGCGUGUCGGUGGACACCUGGCUCAAGAGCGCCAUGAACCAGGUGAUGGAGGAGCUGGAGAACGAGCGCUGGGCCUCCCUGCCCACCCUGACUGCACAUGAUCCUUCACUCUCGACUGUCUGUGACGAUGAGAGAGAAGAUGGCGAGGACUUGGAGGAGAGCAUGGAGACGUGUGACGACAGCAGCUCCAGUCCUUCGGGCACUUUAGGGCGCAACUACCCUCUAACCUGCAGAGUGCUGUACUCAUACAAGGCCUGCCAGGCAGAUGAACUGACCAUUGAGGAGCAAGAGGUGCUGGAUGUCAUUGAGGAUGGUGACAUGGAAGACUGGGUGAAGGGAAGGAACAAGGCGGGCCAGGUGGGCUACGUCCCGGAGAAGUACUUGCAGUUCCCCGCCUCCAGCAGCCUUCUGAACAUGCUGCAGACCCUGGCCGCCCUGGACGCUCGAUCCCACUCCUCCAGCAACUCCACCGACCCUGAGCUGACCUCAGGCAGCAUGAACGGAGAUGCAAACUUGAGCUUUGUGAAGGCCUUGUACGACUACGAGGGCCAGACGAACGACGAGCUGUCCUUUCCAGAGGGAGCCAUCAUCCACGUCCUCAACAGAGACAACCACGAGGACGACGGCUUCUGGGAGGGCGAGUUCAACGGCCGCGUGGGCGUCUUCCCUUCCGUGCUGGUGGAGGACCUGGCAGAGUCUGAGAACGGGGACGAGAAGAGUGGUUCUGAAGCAGAGGUCUCCCCCUCUCAGUGUCCUCCAUGCCUCCUGCCCCCUCCGCCCCUGAGCACCCAGCCUCCCUGCAGUCCAGACAGGAGCCCCGGGACUCCAUGCAGUCCCCACACCGCCCUGCAACGGAGCGCCACCGUGUCUCUCCCUGCCUCGCCUGUCAACGGGGAGAACAGGGGUCCUCCCAGAGCAGGGAAAGGCCCCGCCCUCAGCCACAGCAGCAGCUUCUCCCAGCCUCCGAGGUCUAUUUCAGACGGAAGUCUCGGGAAACUACGCCCUGUGCGUGCGGCUCCCCCUCCCCCGAAGCAGCAGCCACGCAAGCAGGUGGAGAAGACAGAGAAGACAGAGGAGGUGGAGAUCACACUGGUGUGAAGCCACUGCCCUGGUUGACUCAUUGACUUAACUGGACCUGGCUCCUUUUUCUCAUGAGAAUCAGCAGGAAAACCACAGGCCCUUCCUCCCUGCUUGCAGGGGCGGAGCUAGAAGAGGGCAGGCAGACUCUGGAGUCACAAGUGUGUUUAGUGCCAUAAUUGCACAGCUCUCUCCUUAGAUGGGCAUUUGAAUUGUAGAAAUUCAGUCUUGAGAAAGAGGAAUGUGUGUCAUUGAAAUGGAGGGGUUGGGGGGGUGGGGGGGCUCAGCUACUUGUAGUCAUGUCAGUUGAAUUUAAUAGUACAGUAUAUUACUGUUGUAGGAAUGUUCAAAACUGGUGCAAAAAAUUUCAUGUUCACUGUCAUACAAAAUGGGUUCCUCAGCUUGUCUAUGGUAGAAGGUGUUGAAAUCUGUAGGUAAAGGGGGACUAGUGGAAUGUUACAGGCUGCUGUAUAAGGAGAGGAGGCUGGUUCCUCAUUACUAGGUUUGCAUUUUGCACCGUUUUUCUUGUCCCCCCUCCCCCCACCCAUAAUAAAAUAAGGUCUCUAUUCUAUUGUCUCAUAAGGGAAAAGUGGCAAUCUGAAAAUGAUACAUAUUACACUUUUUUUUAGAACAACGAUCUGCAUUACUACUAAUAUUUAAAUCCUCAGAAGAAAGGGAAAACUGCUUUUCAGAUGGAGCUAUAUGCUGUGUUCUCACUUUCAGUUCAUACCAGUCAAUGAUUAUUUGAGCGUACAUUGGAAGUGUAUUUUAUCUGUUAUGUUCUCUGUGUACACCUUGCUGAGGAUGUGCUCUUUAAGUAGCCAGGUCUGUUGAAUAUGAUAUCAUAUUUCGUGUUACACAAAGUUUUUGAACAGCUUAUAGUAGCGUUUCAGGUGCAACAUCCACAAAGUUACUUUCACACCAGCGUUCUCAUCUUCAACACUAACCAAAUGUCCUUUGUUACAGCCUGUACUAUCCCAAUAAUAGAAACCAGUCAGUACACUUAUACAAAACAGUCCAUGUACAAGAUCCAGUCAGGAACUGGCAGAACAUUGGUCUGGCUACUGGGACGUUCGCACAGAAAUGCGAUCUGCUUGAAUUGGCUCAUUUAAUUGAACGCAUCCACCUGUACGACGAUAUUCUUGUCAGCACUUUUUUUUGUUGUUGUACUGUUUUAUGACCUCUGCAGUAUUGUUCGCUUGUAUGACUGAUCCCUGUGGAUGCUUUGUCACAUGAUUAUGUGGACUUGUAUGUAUGUCAGUUUUUUAGUCUGAAGAAUGCAUGUCUGAGGCCUUUCUGUGAUUGACCUGGCCAAUUGUGGCAGUUUCUGUUUUUGAUUUCUACGCCCUUGAAAUAAUGGCAGACAUCUGUUUCUUUGAGAAGGCCAAUAUUGUUUUGUGUAAUAUUUUCAGUAAUGGUUGCCCAAUUUUUGAAAAAAGAAAAUAGAAGGUUAUUCUAAUAAUAGGCUAGUUAAUUUUCAUGGUUGCUGGGAUAAAGGGAUGAAUCUUGAAUAAACUUAAGUGACUCCCACUCACCGUAUCUUGCAGUAAUGUUGUGUUUAUUUGUGCUGACUUUUCUAUCAAAAUACCUUCAUCAAAGCAUGAUAUGAAGGUUUUUUGACCGAAACGUCAGCACAAAUAAUCACUGGAGUACAGCAAGCUAAGGUGUGCAGGAGUCAUUUACAUUUAUUUAAAAAGAAAAGGGAAUUUUAAAAACGAUGUAGUUUUUGAAUAAAUGGUGAUUAAUUUGGAUUAAAUAAAACAAUGGUUUUGAAGUUAGUUCUUUAAAGUGGAGGAAACAUGGAUAUCUGUAUCCUCUCCAUCUCGCUGACCCCUUGCAAAUUUUAUCAAACGUUUUUAAGUUUAUGGUUUACAGUGUCUGUCAUUUCAAAUAUUGUCACAAGAAGUUAAAAGAUUAUUCUUUUUAAAAAUAAAAAAGUUGCAUGCCUGUAUUUUAAUUGUUUUUAUUAUUAUUAUUAUUAUUAUUAUUAUUAUUAUUUGAAUAUGAUUCAGAGCUGCUAGAAGACCCAUUAUAACAGCCAGCCUUCAAGGUUUCACAUCACUGUUUUACCAUGUCAGAGAACAGUGGUUCAGAAUCAAUUCUGUGUUCUUUCACAUCACUGUAUUGCCACAUGUCCGAGAACAGUGGUUCUGAAUGUGUUCUGUAUUGUCUUGGCUGUUGAGUUUGUACUUAAUAUGUACAAAUAUUAAAUAAAAAAAACAUCUCAAUUGU